GUGUCAGACGGGUCACUGCGUACCCGCGGGUGUGAACGCUGCUGCCAGCGGCAAAUGGCCUUGCACAAGGCUCCUCUCUUCAGCUGCUGUUUCUCUACUCAGACGGUGUUUGGGUUGGUAGGAAGCUGGAUCCCUGGGAAGCAAUCGUCGUGGAAAUGUUUAGGCACCUUGUGAUGUAGACUGUGGGAAGAAUCUCUGAGAAAUACCGGGAUGCCAAAUUUCAGGUCAAGUCUCCCUGCUCACGUCAGAGCAGCAUGGCUCAGCUGUAGUGAUUUUGGAUCAGGACACAUGGGCUUGAUGUCUGCAGGGUGAAGGGUUGUGGCCAUACAAAGGCCCAGGGUUUACAACAGACUCUUCUGCAUCUCAUGGUUUGAGUGUAAGACUUUCCUUCACCUUGAUUUUUCCAUCUACCAAUAUGUGGAUCUUUCCGGAUAAUCAGAAGGAGCCUCUGUUUCAAGGUGCUCGCUAAUGCAGGACAAGUGUGCAGAUAGAUGAGAUCUGGGGAACAUUGUUAUCUGUUGUAAUUAUGUUUGUUAGAUCAUAAUCAUGCAAGCAGUAAAUUGCUUGUAGUUUACUGCAGAAGAAAGGGUCUGGAGGGUGACCUUGCAGAGGUUUAAGAUGACCAGUGUAGGAGUGAUAAUGGAGAAAUGGUUUGUCUGAAAAUGCUGUCAAAGCAGGGGAGACACGUGGGACUGAGUAGAAAGGAGCUGAGUUGAUUGGGAUUUUGGAUGCGGUCAGAGGAACCUGGCAUUUGUGGCAGGAAAGAUGAAGGGAGUGAAAGGGAGGACUGAUGUGGUGGGUGAUAAAAAAGCCAAAACUUGAGAAUCUUUAUGAAAGCUGAGAGGGACUUCUAUGUGUGGUUAGCAGAGGUGGUUGUUGCAGUAGUUGGGGAUAGGCUCUGACAAGAGCCAGGCUGUGUAGGAGAUUUGUCUGCAAGGCAAAGCCUGGAUUCUAGAAAUGCCAGAGAGGGAGUGUUGGCAGCAUUUGAUCUAUCCUAAAUGUGCAGGACAAGGAAGUGGUGGGAAGUCAGAGCAGCCUGGAGUGACACUGGUGCUAUUGCUUGUGUCAGGAAGCCAGAAGCAGGAUGGGAGUCCAACUUUGGCCUUGUGGAAUUAACCACUUAUUUGUAAGCAUCCAGGCUGUGAACACAGUUGGAGAAAGAGAAGAUACCUUCUUGAACAGCGAGAUGUGGAAAUUAAUGUCCGUGAUAAAUGGGACAGCACCCCCCUGUAUUAUGCCUGCCUGUGUGGACAUGAGGAGCUUGUACGCUAUCUUCUAGCCAAUGGAGCGAAAUGUGAGGCCAACACUUUUGACGGGGAGCGGUGUUUGUAUGGAGCCCUGAGUGACGCUAUCCGACGUCUGCUGAAGGAGUACAAACAAAUCACAGCAAAGUGCAUGAGGAGAGACUACUAUGAUGUCUUCCUGCAGAGGUUGCUGGAGCAGGGUUACCAAAGCGACAUUGUUUUCAUUGUUCAUGGCAAAUCCUUCUGUGCCCAUCGCUGCAUCCUCAGCGCUCGCAGCGCCUACUUUGCAGAGAUGUUUGAGACCAAAUGGAAGGGGAAAAAUAUGAUAGUGUUGAAGCAUCCACUGAUUAAUCCAGCAGCCUUUGGUGCUCUUCUGCAGUAUCUAUACACAGGUCGUCUUGAUAUCGACGUAGAAUAUGUCAAUGAUUGCAAGAGGUUAGCCAAGCAGUGUCGGCUGCAGGACCUCAUUGAUGAUUUGGAGACCAAAUGUAAAAAAGUCUAUGAAUUUGUCUCUUCCAAGCCAGGGACCUGUGUGAAAGUGCUGACGAUUGAGCCCACAGGUAACUGCCGGCUGCAGGAAGAUCUGGCUCUUCUGGCAGACUGCGCCCUGCCAGCCGAACUGCGGGUUGGUUUUGGGGAGUUGCCGUUUGACAGCACUGACAACUUUAACAGCUGUGCUGAUGUGUGUUUCCGAGUGGAAGAUUACAACUUCUUGUGCCAUAAGGCAUUUUUCUGUGGUCGCAGUGAUUAUUUCAAAGCCCUCCUUGAAGACCAUUUCAGUGAGAGUGAGGAGCUGCAGACGCAGCCCAGCAUCCCUGUGGUGACGCUCCACAACAUCUCAGAAGACAUCUUCAUCCGGGUCCUCUACUACAUCUACAGUGAUGAUACAGAGCUGUCCCCAGAAAACGCCUAUGACGUGCUGUGUGUGGCAGACAUGUACCUACUGCCUGGGCUCAAGCGUCUGUGUGGCAGGACCCUGGCCCAGAUCCUCGAUGAGGACAACAUCAUCAGCAUCUGGAGGAUCGCAAAGCUGUUUCAGCUGACCCGGCUGGAGGACCAGUGCACGGAGUACAUGGCAAAGAUCAUCGAGAAGCUGGUGGAGUUGGAGGAGUUUGCGGCUGCUGUGAAGGAGAACGCGGAGGCUGUGGAGGAGCGGCAGGAGACUGACUCCAUUCCUCUGGUCGAUGACAUCCGCUUCCACAUCACCAGCAACGUGCAGACUUACAGUGCCAUUGAGGAAGCCAACCAGAAACUUGAAGCUCUGGAAAACCUCCUGGCCAGUAUAGGGCUUGAGUGCUGAUGAGUGCAAGCCCUGCCUGUCAUAUGCAGCCUGCGUAGCCCUCACUGGGUUGGCUCAGAGUGCAAGAACAUCCCAGUCUGAAUGUUCCUCUUCUCGUUCUUUGUCCUCCUUCCCAUCCACUUUCAAGCAUGAUUUCUUUUUAAUUUAUUUGUGUCUGGACAUUUGCAUUUCUGGUUUGUGUUUGGUUUUAUUUUGGCUUUUGUUUCUCCUUUCAGAAGUAGCUCCCAAAGCUCAGCCCAAAUCGUAGCUGCUCCUUUGUACAACACAGGUGCAGACAGGAGACUGUGAGCUGUUUGGGAUGGUGAUGGAGCUGUUCUAGGGACUUCCUACUGCCUGGGAUUAGGACCCAUCCUGUUCUGUUGCCCAACAAGACACUUCUGAAACUGGCUCAUGCCAGAAUGUUGGUUGAAUUACCACCAGCAGAGGAAGAAAACUGGAUUAAACUCUACAAAUAAGUGUAUGGGAAGGGAAGUCAGCACUGUCACUGUCAGCAUUUUAAGACUGGCAGAGGUGGGUAGUGCAUCCCCACCAGCGAGACAGGGGUACUUGGCUACGUAGAAGGCACUGUCUUCACCUGCUCUUUUACUUCUUAGAUGAAAAAAGCCCAACAAAACAAAACAAAACAAUUUCCAAGUCUUCCCUAGCUUUUCAUUGCUUUGAAGUGCUCAGAAAAAAAAGCUUUGCUUUCUGAACAGGCAUCUUUGGGAAUACAGUAGAGACAGAGUCCUUCCAUUCUUAGAAAGCAGUAGCUUUCAAUGCACAAAAGAAAGGAGAGCAGCCCUUUUCUUCCUAACAGAGCAAGGAAACACCUUCUCAGAAACAGCACUUUUUCCUUUCUUUUUGUCCAUUGUGGUAGAGCAAAGCUGACUUGCUGGUGGGUUAGGGAAAAAGGGCACUGGAAAUCUUUUUAAAAGGAAAAGGGGUCUUUUGGGGCCUCACAGGGCUGCUGUCCCACUCAUCAGCCUUCUAGCUUUGCUCAGCCUUGAGCCUUGUAGCUUCAUUGUUCUCCAGGAAAUUCACUGUUUGUACUAACGAAUGUUUUUGAAUCUGUGUUCUGCAGUAGGUAGUGUUAUCUGGUGUUAUCUCCCUGGAUUCCUAAUGAGGGUAAUGAUGUUCCUUCUUAGCACUAAUCAGCAGGCACUACCCCUACAUAAAGCUUGUCUUGCUAAAUAGGCUGCCCUCGGAGCUGUCUGUCUCUGGAAUGGUUUGCCGGGAGAGUCUCGGGUCUCCAAGGCGCAGGCCAGGCGUGCUUUGCCAUGCUGUGCGCUGGGAGGGAGAGCAGGCACUGCAGUGAAGCACAGAGGGAAUCUUGCAGGGGCACUGGGCUGCCACUACCAAUGCAUAUUGUCAUUUUGGUCACUUUGUGAGGCAAGAUUCUGAAAUAAUCUAUGUCAGGUGUGCUUUUAUGGUGUGAUGUGAGAACUGGACAUGGAUCCCUUGCAGCUUCAGGGUGUUGUUUUCUGUAAUGGUGGUGGUGCCUCAUAUGAGAAAGGAAAGCACCUGCUGUACCUGGCCCGCACUGAAGCUGUUGGCAGGGCCGUGGGCAGGCUCUGGGCACCACCCGCUCUAGGCAGAGUGUGUUCAGUUGCACUGAGGAGGGAACACUGGGCUUUGGCCACUGUACUUGUGGGAAGCUGGACUUCGGCAAAAUCAUGUGACAGGAUUGAGUUGCACUUAACAGAAGCUGGGGACAGAGCUGGGGCGGGGUGAGCAGAGAUGAGGUUCAUUGACGUAACUGAAUCCCAGAUGCUUGUGCACUUUGUCAUCUGGGUUUAACUGGUGUCUCUUGCAGAUCAAGUGUGAAGUUCAAGCAGGGUGUGCUUCAAUUCUGUUUCAAAACGCUUAUGAGGAAGUGCAAGGAGCUGCUGUGGUUUGUUUUCCGCUGCCAUAUUAGUGUGAGGGAAGAGAUGUGUCCCUGGAGGAGCGUGUUGCUGUGUGGAAGCAGGAAGCAGCAGGAGCGUGCUGGUGAUGUGGAGAGGAGCUGUACCUUUGCUGUGUGAUCUGGGAACCUACAUGGCCAUCUCUAAGCUCAGUGUGACUUUGACAGGACCCCCAAAGAGCCCAGCACAACUUAUGCUGAUAAAGGCAUCUGCAUGAACUUGAGGAGGGGAAGGGCUAUUAGGAAAGCUUUAAUUUGAAGUCCCAUAUAUUUUGAAGAAAGAAGGGUGAAAGCAGAACUGCUUGUUUUUGUGCUGUCAGGCUUACGAAAGCCUGAUACAGCUUGACCCAGCUGCUUCAGUUCCCCUGUGUUUCUCCUCCCUGUAUGGCUGAAGAUGACACAGAACAUAAGCAGGAUGUUUAGUUUAUCGCAUCCCUUCUACUCCUCCAGCAUAAAUUCCACAUCUGACAUCUUAGUAGUUGGCUUUCCACAGCAGUGGCUCUGACAUCCCUGCGCAAGGCUUGCACGGAGCCACCAGAGAACAGGACGUGGCCUUUGCCUCCUGCUUGCAGUGAGCGAGAUGCAGAAGCAGGAUUACCAAAGAAUGUGCUAAUGCUUUUCUCUGCAGAUGCCUCAGCUGCUAAAGCAAAUGGACACUGGCAGUGGGCAAAGCAGGAGGGAGGCAGAGGAGGAGGCAGUGCUGGGAAGCGUUUUCCAUAUGGCUGCUCUUGAAUAAUUCCAUUCCCGCGUCCUUAAGCGUGGAGCAAGUGAGGCUGCAGUUGUACAUGUGGGAGGAAAGGUCAGUGUGGCCUUUUGAUCUGCCUUCCCAGUAGUGCAAGUCCACGUGGGCUUCCAAGCAAAUGCCUCAUCUGUCUGCGUGCACUUAGUGGUCACAUCUGUGAGGUCUGUCAGAUUGUCCAAUUACUUGGGAUCCUUUAACCCCCCCCAUCCCUUUUGGCAAAAUAGGGCUAUCCAAAAGCAUGCAUAAGCAGAUGGUCAGCAUGCAGGCAAGCUCUCUAAUUAAGAUGAGCCAGGACAAACUUAGAUCUGAAUUCACUUUAUUCAUGCUGCAAAUGAUUUUAUCACAAAAUAAAAACCUUCUGAUUUUUCUUCUGUUGCCAGCGUCCUUUUUGUGUUUUGUUGCCUGUGUCCUUUUUAUUUACUAGCCACUUGCUGAAAUAAAAAGAUUGUAAAAUUUAUCAGAGCAACAUUAUAUUUAAGAAGAAAUGUGCAAGCAUGUGUGCAGCAAUAAAAUAGUCUAUUUCACUAUA